CGCCCGCGGUGGGCGCGCGGCCCGGGGCCGAGCCGGCCGGCCUGGCGCCCCUGGACUAUUACCACUGCGGCAAGUUUGAUGGUGACAGUGCCUACGUGGGGAUGAGUGACGGAAACCCGGAGCUCCUAUCAACCAGUCAGGAGCAGAGUCGAAUAGUUGUGACAAAGACUGAUUGACUCACAAAGCCAAAAAGAUUUAUCAUCUGGACCUUUGCAGAAGAAGUUGCUGACCUCUCCUCUAGGAGAUCCAAGGGAAAGUGUCAAAAAGGCAGUUGGAUACGUGGUUGUAAAAAACCUACAACAGCCAGAACGAGAGCAACGAAGACUAUGAGAUCCCCCCGAUAACACCUCCCAACCUCCCCGAGCCAUCCCUCCUGCACCUGGGGGACCACGAAGCCGGCUACCACUCGCUGUGCCACGGCCUCGCGCCCAACGGACUGCUCCCUGCCUACUCCUACCAGGCCAUGGACCUCCCCGCUAUCAUGGUAUCGAACAUGCUGGCCCAGGACAGCCACCUGCUGUCAGGCCAGCUGCCCACGAUCCAGGAGAUGGUCCACUCGGAGGUUGCUGCCUAUGACUCGAGCCGACCAGGGCCCCUGCUGAGCCGCCCGGCGAUGCUGGCCAGCCACAUGAGCGCCCUCAGCCAGUCCCAGCUCAUUUCUCAGAUGGGCCUCCGGAGCGGCAUCGCCCACAGCUCCCCGUCACCUCCAGGGAGCAAGUCAGCGACCCCCUCUCCCUCCAGUUCAACUCAGGAGGAGGAGUCGGAAGCACAUUUCAAGAUGUCAGGAGAGAAGAGACCCUCGGCUGACCCAGGAAAAAAGGCCAAGAACCCAAAGAAGAAGAAGAAGAAAGACCCCAACGAGCCCCAGAAGCCCGUGUCAGCCUACGCGCUCUUCUUCAGAGACACCCAGGCCGCCAUCAAGGGACAGAACCCCAGCGCCACCUUCGGGGAUGUGUCCAAAAUCGUGGCCUCCAUGUGGGACAGCUUGGGAGAGGAGCAGAAACAGGCCUACAAGAGGAAGACCGAGGCGGCAAAGAAGGAAUAUCUGAAGGCUCUGGCUGCCUACAGGGCCAGCCUUGUCUCCAAGAGCUCCCCGGACCCGGGGGAGACCAAGAGCACGCAAGCGAGCCCUCCGGCCAAGAUGCUCCCACCCAAGCAGCCCAUGUAUGCCAUGCCAGGCCUGGCCUCCUUCCUGACUCCAUCGGACCUGCAGGCCUUCCGCAGCGGGGCCUCUCCCGCCAGCCUCGCCCGGACUCUGGGCUCCAAGUCGCUGCUGCCAGGCCUCAGCGCAUCCCCGCCUCCGCCACCCUCCUUCCCGCUCAGUCCCCCGCUGCACCAGCAGCUGCCUCUGCCCCCCCACGCCCAGGGCGCCCUGCUCAGUCCCCCUGUUAGCAUGUCCCCAGCCCCCCAACCCCCUGUCCUGCCCACUCCCAUGGCACUCCAGGUGCAGCUGGCUAUGAGCCCCUCACCUCCAGGGCCACAGGACUUCCCUCACAUCUCCGAGUUCCCCGGCGGCUCCGGCUCCCGCUCCCCUGGCCCGUCCAACCCCACGAGCAGCGGAGACUGGGACAGCAGCUACCCCAGCGGGGAGUGUGGCAUCAGCACCUGCAGACUGCAGAGGCAGCCCGCCGCCCGCCGCCAGCCCAGAGAACCUGCAGGAACCUUCCGCCCCCUGACCUGCUUGCUCCAGGGUUACUGUGGCCCCCGCUCCUCGCCCUGCACACCGUACCCCAUGUCUGGACGUCUGGCCCCAGCCCACGCGCCUGUGGGCUGCCCCUGGAGGGGUCGCUUACCGACAGAGACCCACCCCGAGAUGCCUGGGGCAGGGGCCAGCCCAGCCACGGACGUGCAAAUGCGGUUUUACAGUGUGAACAAAAGAUUAUGACCCUAUGAACUGUUGGCUCCGUGUAAGUAGUUGACUAAGUGUUUUAGAACUGUGCUGAAGACAUCUGUAAGAUUAUUUUGUGGGGGGAGAAAAGUAGUUUCCUUUAAGGUAAAAAGCAUUUUAUAUGACCCUUAGCACAUGUUUUUAAGUUUUAUCUUCAGGGAGAGGUGCACAGAGCGGCUGCCAACCCGUUUCAUCGUCUGUAUGGCAAGAACCGGACAAUUUAUAGCCACACUCGGAGGCAUUGUGUGUGUGUGUUUUUUUUUAAACCAUCUAUUUAAAAUUGCCAACAAUGACUUUUGUCUAUUUAAGAAGAAGACUCAAGAACAGAAAUGCAGUGUGCCCUAAAGCGUGCGUGGUUUGGGCUUUGGUUUGGGUUUGGUUCUUGGUGUUGUUUGCCGCUGUUUCUUGGCCCUGGCGAACGUGUGUCUCGGUGCCCAGUGCUUCUCUCAGACUCCUUUGUAAUAAAACGUCUGAAAAGCUGAAAA